UAGCCACAUACUGCUUACUACCUUGAGAAAUGAGCUUAAGAAUCGAGCUGUUGCUUGUGCUAGGAUUCAUGCAUCUGCUGCUUACAUCAGGCCAGGAUCAGGAUUAUGUAUAUCUACACGCUCUCAUGGAUAAUUGGCAGAAUACACCACCCAAUUGGGUUGGCUCGGACCCAUGUGGGGAUGAAUGGGUUGGGAUUACCUGCACCGGUUCACGUGUGACAUCAAUAACCUUAGCAAACAUAGAUUUAAGUGGUGAGCUGUCUGGAGACAUUGCGCAAUUAUCUGAAUUGCGAACUCUGGAUCUAUCAUACAAUAAGCGUCUCACAGGAUCUCUUACUCCAGAAAUCGGCAAGUUAAACAAAUUAUCAAGUUUAAUCUUAGUUGGUUGCGGUUUCAAUGGUCCACUUCCGGAGUCGCUUGGAUCUCUACCCCAGCUGAGCUACUUGGCUUUGAAUUCUAAUGGCUUCACUGGACGGAUACCACCAUCCUUUGGGAAUCUCACUAAACUUUACUGGUUCGAUAUAGCUGAUAACAAGCUUAGUGGAGGAAUACCAGUUUCUGAUGGAGCCACCCCUGGCCUUGAUUUGCUGGUCAAUACAAAGCACUUCCACUUUGGAAAGAACAAACUCUCGGGUGAAAUUCCGUCUCAGCUCUUCAGCUCAAAAAUGACUCUUAAGCAUGUGCUAUUUGAAGAUAAUGACUUAACAGGCACCAUUCCGUUGACACUAGGACUGGUUCAGAAUCUCGAGGUGUUACGAUUAGACAGGAAUCGUUUAAGUGGAGAAGUCCCGUCAAAUAUCAACAAUCUUACAUCAGUCAACCAGUUGUUUCUAUCUAACAACAAUUUGAAUGGCCGAUUACCGAAUCUUACUGGCAUGAGUGUCCUCAACCAUUUGGACAUGAGCAAUAAUUCGUUCGAGGCAUCAGAGAUACCUCCAUGGUUUUCAUCCUUGCAAUCUCUAACAACAUUGAUGAUGCAAAAUACAGGGCUUCAAGGAGAAGUACCGGUUGGCUUAUUUAGCAUCCCACAGAUAGAGACUGUGGUUAUGAGAAACAACAAGCUUAAUGGUACCGUGGAUCUUGGAGUUACUUAUAGCACCCAUCUUCGGCUCAUUGAUAUGACCAAUAACUUGAUUAACGGGUUCACACUAAGAAAAGGAUACUCUGCCGACCUGAUUUGCAGUUUCGUUGGUAAUCCAUUUUGUUCCGGAUCAGAAGCAAGUAAAGCAUAUUGCGAUCAACCCACAGGAUCUAACUACUCAUAUUCGACACCAGCCAACAAUUGUGUUCCUGCUAAUACAUGCAGUUUGCCUCAAGUUCCAAGUCCGAAUUGUAAAUGUUUGUAUCCGUACUCAGGAACCUUAUUUUUCAGGGCUCCUUCCUUCUCUGAUCUGGGAAACUCAACAAUCUAUACUUCCCUUCAGAAUACCAUGAUGGACACUUUUGAAUCUAAUCAGCUCCCGGUUGAUUCGCUUUCACUGAGUAGCCCCAUCAAGAAAAAGAAUGACUACCUGGAGAUAAGCCUAGAGAUCUUCCCCUCUGGUGAUGAACGUUUCAAUAGGUCAGGAAUUUCUCGGGUUGCAUUUGUGUUUAGCAACCAAACAUACAAACCUCCUCACUUUUUUGGACCCUACUUCUUUAUUGGCAACAACUAUGAUUCCUUCGCAGAUGCAUCAAAAGGAAAACCCAGAUCGGUUAGCAUCGGAAUCAUCGUUGGAGUAUCAGUGGGUGGUUGUGUCCUACUGCUAUUACUUAUCUUUGCAGGACUUUAUGCUUGCCGCCAGAAGGGAAGAGCUGAAAAAGCUACCAAGAAGAACAGUCCUUUCGCUUCUUGGGAUCCAGAUAAAGGCAGUGGUGCUUGUCCUCAACUGAAAGGGGCAAGAUCUUUCACAUAUGAAGAGCUUAAGACAUACACAAAUAAUUUUACAGCAACAGCCAAUAUAGGAGCUGGUGGCUUUGGGAUGGUCUACAGAGGGACUCUUCCAAAUGGGCAAUUGGUUGCCAUUAAAAGAGCUCAAGGGCACUCAACACAGGGUGGUCUUGAAUUUAAAACUGAGAUUGAGCUUCUUUCAAGGGUUCACCACAAGAAUGUUGUCAGCCUUGUGGGUUUCUGUUUCGAUGAAGGUGAACAGAUGUUGGUCUACGAGUAUAUUGUAAAUGGUACACUCAAAGAUAGUCUUUCAGGGAAGUCCGGGAUCAGGUUGGAUUGGAUGAGAAGACUUAAAAUAAUUGUUGGAGCAGCUAGAGGUUUGCAGUAUCUUCAUGAUCUUGCAGAUCCUCCCAUCAUACAUAGGGAUGUCAAGACAACCAAUAUCUUACUUGAUGAACGCUUGAAUGCCAAAGUUGCUGAUUUCGGUCUUUCCAAGCCGAUGGGUGAUGUUGAAAGGACACACGUUACCACCCAAGUCAAAGGAACCAUGGGCUACAUGGAUCCUGAAUACUACAUGACUCAGCAAUUGACGGAAAAAAGUGAUGUUUAUAGUUUUGGAAUCGUGAUGUUGGAGCUGAUAACGGCAAGAAAUCCAAUUGAGAGAGGUAGGUACAUUGUGAGGGAGGUGAACGAAGCAAUGGACAAGGAAAAAGACUUAUACAACCUCCGUGAAGUUCUUGAUCCAAUCAUCGGUCUCAAUACCCAACUACAAGGAUUGGAGAGAUUUGUGGAUAUUGCAUUGAGGUGUGUGGAAGACACAGGGGAUCAAAGACCAAGGAUGAGUGAAGUUAUGAAAGAGAUAGAGAAUAUCAUGGAAUUGGCAGGUAUCAAUCCGAAUGUUGAAUCAGCAUCCACAUCAGAAAGUUAUGAAGGGAAAAGUAACAGGCAUGACCAUCCUUACUUGAGCGAAAGCCUCUUUACGUACAGCGGAGGCUUACUUCCUUCAAGUGUGGAUGGUAAGUAAUGGUUAUGAAAUAUAACAUUAUAUGUUCGUUUGCGAUGAGCGGACCAUGGUCGGGUUGCUGAUGGUGCCAAAACCAGAUGUGGGUGUAGGCUGAGUGUUGAAUGAAUUUUUGUGAUCAUCAGGAAAUAGUUUUUGCAAUCACAACUUUUUAUGAAUAUUUAUGUGUGUAUCAUUCAUUUCAGGAAGAUUUUGAAAGCCAUGUUAUUUGUUGAUUGUGGAAAUUAUUUGAAGUGGAUAUAUGGUGAUGAUAUUACUUGCAUCU